AUGAGCCUGUCUGCCAAGGCAGAACCAUCCCAGUUUUCCUCUGGAGAACACUCGCAUGUCCUGAAGAAUUCUCCUUCAUCCCUUCUUUUCUUCUCCAAAUCCGUCAUCAUGGCUGAAAUGGGCAUCUUGGAAACCACUGCUCCCCUGCCCUCGCCGGCCUUCACCAAUAACCCCCGGAACACACGCUCGACAACGAAGCCUGGAAAAAUCGUCCGCCGUAUUACCCCCAACCCCCAAGGAGCUUGGAUCAGUCCAGUGGCGUGUCCACUGCCAAUGCGGGAAGAUCUCUUCUGUCAUUGCCAUGGAUGCCAGGUCAUGCACGGCGCGCCCUUCCAGUGGGCGGCCAUCUUCCACAAAGAAGACCUGUCCUUCACCAAGGGGGCGAGUGGAUUGUCCUUUUACUCCUCUGCUCACAAGUCUCAGGAGUAUGAGAUGCCCACCAAGGUGUCGUGCUCUUUCUGUCGCUCUCCGCUCAUGGACGAGGGCCGCAAUGUCUGCUUGCUGUUCCCGGCCUCGAUAGAUUUCAAUGGCUCCGAGGAUGAAAACCGCCAGAAACGGGAGGCAUUCAAGCCAACGUGUCAGCGGGCCAUGGACAUUGCCGACGGCCUUCCCAAGUGGUCUGGCAUGGACGGGGCCAGUGAGUUGCUGGACGACUAUGGCCACCGGGUCCAGCAAGGAAAACAGGCGACAUGA